AUCCAGUCGGCGGCCCCGAAGAAACGCCGAGAAGCUUGUUUGGAUAUCCCUCGUCCGCGUCCGUUUGACAACUUGCAGUAUUUCGCGUAAACAAACUGAUCAAGUUAAUACAUUUGAGUUAGGUCGUCCAUCGCUUGUUUCGCAUUACAACAAAGGGUCACAGCUAUGAAGGAGCCAGGGAAACGGUAUGACAAGAGCCACGGCCAAAGAGGACACGACAGAGGCUCUUGGAGGAGAGGAGGAGGGGGCCAGCGCAAGGGAGCAGACGGCGGGGCUGGGCCCGAGGUGGACGAGUCCCUGCCCGUGGUGCAGAUGUUCCGGGCCUUUCAGGUGGAGCUGGACGACCGGCACGACCGCCACGAGCGCCUGGUCAAGCUCAGCAGGGACGUGACCAUAGAGAGCAAGCGCACCAUCUUCCUCCUCCACCGCAUCAUGGGGGAGCAGCAGAAGGACAAGACCCUGGCGGAAGCCCACGGCAAGCUCUCCGAGCUGCAGAACUCCCAGCUGAGGGAAAUUGCCACAGAGCUGAGGGACCAGUGCCCUUACCUGUACCUCAGGGCAUACUCCCCAGGGGUCCAGGAGUAUGUGGAGGCGGUGACCUUCUACCACUACAUCAAGGACGGGCGCCUGGUCAGUCUUGAGGAGAUCUGCCAACCGCUGGUCUACGAUGAGCAGCCUGAGGAGGCAGAGAGCGACCUGGCGGCCUCCGGCGAAGGGGAAGCAGCCCCCGGUGGUUCCCCCGCCCAGUUGCGGCUGGAGGUGACCCCCACGGACUACAUGCUGGGGGUGGCAGACCUGACCGGGGAGCUGAUGCGCAAGUGCAUCAACGCGGUGGGGCAGGGCAACCUGGAGGAGCCCUUCGUGCUCUGCCGCUUCCUACGGGACGUCUACUCGGCCUUCCUGGGCUUCGGCAACACGGCGGGGCGGGAGGCGAGCCGCAAGGUGUGGACCCUGUUCCAGAGCGUGCGCAAGGUGGAGAACGCCUGCUACGCCAUACGGGUGCGUGGCUCCGAGAUCCCCAGCCACAUGCUGGCCGACGUGUUCAGCGUCUCGCUGGCCAAGGAAGAGGGGCUCCCAGAGUGCGACUGAGUGCCACGGACGGAGUCGUAAUAAAGCGCUUUUCGAAUACGA